AUGAGUACUGACGUUGCGGGACAAACAGUGGUAUCAAAAGUGGAAGACGAGACCGUCCAAACCGAAGAACAAACAAUGCCAGAAGAAGAACCUUAUUUAGCUGAUGCUGGCGACGUCGCGGACAACGAUGAUUCCACGGUUGAUAGCAAAGAGCAAGAAAGGCGCGAAAGAAGACGCGCCAAGAUUAGAGAGAGGAAACUCAGGGAGUUGGAAGAGGAAAUAGGCAAGGAUGAUGACACCUACUUUUCCGCUAGCAAUGGGACGAACAAGAAGGAGGAUGGUUAUGUUACGAAAGCUAUUGAUCGGUUCGUCGAUCUCUUGAAUCCUGUUGAAAAAGAAUUUGACGAAGAAGACGGCACCAUGGUUUCCGAGGCUACAGAGAACACGAUUCCUACUAUCAGCAAGGAAACGAAGCCCUCGAUGAUGCAACAGUUGGAUAAACAUGUUUUGACUCGUUUUGGUUGUUCGAGUAACCCAGCGUACAUCCCCGAAGACGAGGCAGUGGAAACGCCCCUUGAGAGUGCAGAGGCGGAGUCAGUGGAGGAGGAGAAGGUACCCGAUGGAGAUCAAUCAGCCUUUGGCCCAAAUAGCAUUUUACGCGUUGAAGAUCAUGGCGAAGAUCCAGGUGAUCCAGGUGAUCCAGACAUCCAACUGACGUCUCUCGACGAAGAGACUUCGAGCGACGGGUCUGCUGAUCAACCACAGGGCGCCAGAUCCUUCUUCUGUGGUGCUGUGCCAAUGCAAGGUGCUGUAGCACUGAAAGGAGAAAAGGGAGACUCGAAUGUAAUGUCGGAAAUUGCCGAGGAGAAAGAUAUUGACCCAGAACAAUCCAAGGGAAUCAUUUACUCCCCAAGUCAAUUGGACGAAAUCCCUUUUGAUCAACAGCCAAAAGCUGCUGAUUCUGGGGCAGACGCCACAACUGAUCAAAGUGCGCUUGGAGGAGCAAAGAAAGCUUUUGGGACUCUCACUGAAAACAUGGGUCCCAUGUUUGCAAGCAUUUCACAGACCGUCAGGACAAAGGUAUUUCUGGAAGGUGAUGUCGUCCAAACGACAGAAAAGGCCUCCGCUCCAAAGGCUGCCGAGUCCACUCUCGUGGAAGGUGAAACAAUCUUUGAAGAGGCAGCCAUGGAAGGACACGAAGUCCCUGCAAAUGAUAACGAGCCGUCAGAACAAGGAGAAGAGGUUCCAGCAGAAGGCCCAAAAACAAAUGAUGACGAACCAUCAGAGCAAGGAGAAGAGGUUCCGGCAGGACCAGAGAGUUUCGAACGAAUGGAAUCUGAGAUGCCAUUUGAUGAAGCUGCCAAGUCAGAAACUGGACAUGAUUCGGACGCCGAAGCAGAAAAAGAGGAGAAUCCUGAAGUAGAAGAGGAGAAAACCCCGAAAGCAGAGGAAGCUCCAAAGAAAGAGGAACCAGAAGAGGCACCCAAGGAAGAGGUCAAAGCCCCAGCUCCAGUGACUGAGGCACCCAUCAAGCCAGCAACAAAGAGCUCUUCUACCAAGUCGAAAGCAGCAGCAACAACGAAGCAGCCCAAGGACAAGAAAAAGAAAAAGAGUCUCCUUGGCCGAAUCUUCAAGAAAAAGUCCAAGAAGAAUGAAGCUCCAAAGGAAUCGAUUCUUAUGGAUGACGAAAAGAAGAACGUUUCUCCCUCCGAGAAACUGAUUAUUCCGAAAGAACCAGCCAAAAAGGUGGCUCGACCAGUAGUUCCAGAGGACCCCACCAUCACCAACCAGGCAAAGCGUGAGUCCUGGAAAAAUGCGAAGCGACAAGCCUCUGCAAAGAAGGAAUUGGAUGCCGCUAUUCCAAUGUCAGACUUUUCAGACUUUGAUUUGAUUGCGACCUCCAGUAAGAGGAAUGAUGAUUGGGACAAGCUUGCAAACCCAAUCACGCCACACAGGCCGACGACGAAAUCGGCUUCGUCUCCGUCGGGAGUAGCAGAUUUCUCUGACCAAAUGGCGGAACUCUGA